CAAAUUUUAUUUUUUUAUUUUCAGAAUCUGAAACUAUCACAGAUUGGUUAAAUGAAGAAAAAUUCAUUGACCUUCCAAUAUUUGAUGAUUUCAUGACGAAUACUUCUCCAAACAACAUUGAAAUGAAACCAAUGGAAUAUCAAAAAUUUGUCCCUUCCAACAAAGCUAUCCAGUACCAACCCUAUCCAACCCAACAAUAUGCACCACCUAUGUACUGCCAUGAAACGUCCAUUCAGCCAAAAUUCAACUAUGUUCCACCAGCUUCAUUGACACCGCCAGAAAGUCCUAAAGAUACCGAUGUCCUAAUGUCUAUGCUAGAUGAUAUGCAACCAGAAGAACUCAAUCAAUUGGUUGUUGACGAAGACACAUUGUCAGACUUUAUGUCAUCAGACGCUAGUAGCCACACCGAUUCAUACAGUGAUAUAACAACUAAACGAGGCAAACCAUAUUCUCCAAAGGCACCCAAUGAAGAAAAGCGAUUACGUAAAAAAGAACAAAACAAAAAUGCAGCAACAAGGUACAGGAUGAAGAAAAAAGCUGAAAUCAAGGAAUCUGUAGUAGAAGAAAAACAACUUUUGCAAAGAAAUGAUACACUCAAAGACGAAGCCAAAGAACUAGCUAGAGAAAUUAAGUAUUUGAAAUCGUUGUUGAGAGAUGUUUACAAAGCCAAGGGACUAUUGAAUUGAAAUACAUUUAAAAUUCUUGAUCUGAUUAUUUAACUUUUAUGGCAUAUGUUUGAUUAAUAUAAAAUAGAAUUUUUUUAAAUUGUCAUGUAGGUUUUGUUGGUGGGUUUUCUCGCAUAUGCAGUUUUUUGUAUCCUUAAGUAUAAUUACAGUAUUAGAAUAUUUGGAAAUCUACUUAUAACACCAGUGCAGCCAUUAUCUCCUUGUAAAUAUAUUCUUAUUCUUUUUUUACUAGUGUUGUUUUUAAAUAUUUUGUAUUCAUUAUUGGCUUGUUAGAACUAACCAAGGAAACUUGUAUAAUUUUCAAACAUACAACUGAUCUUUGUAAUAUAUUAAAAAUAUACCAUUACUUUUGA